AUGAGGGGAACUGCAAAGGUGUAUGUGAAGCCCACCGUUCAGGAAUGCCAGCUUUUUGAAGCUUCUGCUGACCGGCCCAUUCGUUUGCAGGUUGAGGAUGAGAACAACAAAUGGCAGGGCUGCGACUGCAUCGACGGCAGCAAUGGCAUCGCCCAUCCAUAUGAGCCGUAUGCAUCGGAAGAUGACUACCUUUCGGCUCUCAAAGCCUUGCAGAGUGUGCCCGAAUUCAAGGAGAUCUCCGACGACAUCGGCUGCCAGAAUGACAGUGCUCCAGGGGUUCCAUCUGCUUUGCGGCUCGAAGAUCGAGAUGUGGACCCGAAUGCCUUGCUAUUCCGACUGCGUCAAGGUGAGAGACCACGUCUGCACAUGUUCGAAAUUCUUCUAACAUGGUGGCUGCCAGCAACUUGCACGAACGACUGUGCCCUACCUGAGGGCGUGUCGCCAGACUCUGUCGCCAUCUUUCAGAACGACGACAAGACCUCCUGUGAGAUCUCCGUUGCAGUAGAAGGAGGUAUCGAAGCCUGGAUCUACCGUGCGACCCCAUCGACCGGCUACCAAUGGCAGCAAUGCUGGGACAGCACCGAAGCCAUCAUCGCCCGAUGCAUUGCCCAAGGUCCGAAUACAGGCUGGUGGAAUGGUGUCGUCGAUAACCAGUACUACCAGCUCGGUUUCCGGGAACGAAAUCCCGACUCAGCGCUCCAUGCGCCAUUUUCGGCUGACGUGCCUGAGAUCAAGCAGGGCUUCCCGGAACAUCCCACCUGCGCGGGUCCAGAACAGCCUUCUACCUUGCAUAGGGUAGUAUGCACAUUCCCAGACAAUGACGAGAAGUUCACUGCCGAGGAGAUCUUGGAAGGCAUCCAAGACAUCAUCUGCGGAGACUCAUGCGUCCGGCCCAGUGGCGUCGGCGCCGCAUGGGGAAGCGCGAUCUUUUCCAUGGGCGCGUGCGAGGUCGCGGUCGGUAUUCCUGGCGGCUGGGAGCUAUUUGGAUACCGACAGACAAGCACGUCGGAUGGAUCUGAAUCUCGAAAAGAUUGCAAUGCGGCCUUCAAUGGCGUGUUGGAUGAGUGUUUCAACUCGGCUGAUGGCAAGGUGGGACAGGGGUGGUAUAAUGGGCCUGAUGGUGAGUUCUUCAAAGCUGGAUUGAGGCGCAGGGAUGAUGAAGAGGCGAUUCAUAAUCAGGAUGAUCGACCGCCCUUGGGACAGAUCAGUUGUGCGUUGCAGGCAUGA